UUAUCACCAUAGCAACCGAUGGACACGUCCUAGGGGCUAGCUGAAUUGACGGCUUCUUCAACUACCCCCCUUGCCUCUGUUAUAAUAUAAUUGUAUAUUAUUCGACCAGUAGGUUAAGUUCAUAUUGAACUGAGUAUUCAGACUCAGUUCAAUAUGAGUGGUCUUCGGUGGUACCGUUAUGCACAGUACCGUAAACGUCCAGGUAUGUUAAGCAGGGCGAUAUGUUAUAUAUGCUCACAGUUCAAGCCUUGCAUUAUGUCAGAGCUAACUUUACCAAAGUAUGUAUGUAAGCUGAGAGUCAUUUUGGUCUACGAUUACAAGCUCUACAGGUUGAAUAUUUGAAAUACCCGCGCCAUGUUGUUGGCCCGGAAGAGGAAAGGCUGAAACAGUUCCGUUGUCUCCCCCAUGAACGCGUAGUAGGAGAAGCUAAGUGAAGCUAACCCAGCAGCUGGUGGAAGAGCAGCGACUGGAUCUCGUUGUGGUCGCCUUUGUUUCUCAUCCGAACAACUUGGAAUGUGUUGGCUUUGUCCCUCUGCUUAAUAUUUGUGCUUCAUAAAAGAAAGAGCCGAAGCCCUACGAGUUUUAUUUACCACCCAGGGCUGUGUUUUUAUCAAACAUCAUUCCAGAAACAUGGCGGACGGCGGGCAUUACUACAACGAGCAUGAUGAUAGAACUGCUCCACAACAGUAUCGCAACCGUAAAGGCAGAGGUGGCAACAAGGGUCGGUCAUACGACCGGUCCCGCAGAGACCGCCAACGAGGAGGACACCCUGGAGGUUUUGGAGGUCCUGGGCCACGGUCGAGGCUUGAUGAUCCUGAUGGAGAUGUAACCAUGAGCGACAACUCCCAGGACAGCAGCUCCCAGAACAGAUUCAACCCAUACACAAGACCUUUUCGGAAAGGAGGCGACGGACGGUUUGACAGAGACAGGCGACAAGGCAAAGGGGGCAACAGGGGAGGAGGAGGCAACUUCCGAGGUGGAGACAGAGGUGGUGGUGGAGGUGGCAGCGGAGUAGGGAAAAACCGGUCCGGCUGGUACAAAGUGACGAUACCACAUGGAAGAAAAUAUGAGAAGAAAUGGAUACUGACAGCCCUUCAGAACAUCUGUUCUGUUACUUACUCGCCUGUUCAGUUUCAUGUUGACCACAACAGAGCUCAUUUCUAUGUGGAUGAUUCGUCUGCUGCUAACGCUUUGCACAAGUGUUCCCACAAAAUCACGGACAAAGACGGCUAUAAGGUGGAAGUACACGUCAACCCCAGCAACCCGCCCUCCUUUCUUCUCGCUGACCUGAAGCCUGAGCACUUGGAGCACCUGAAGCAAUGCAUGGCAAAACGUUUUGAUGGCUCACAGCAAGCACUGGACUUGAACAACAUCCGCACUGACCCAGACCUGGUGUCCCAGAACAUUGAAGUCAUCUUGAAUCGAAAGUCUAACAUGGAAGCUGUGAUCAAGAUCAUCCAAGAAAACAUUCCAGAGUUGACAAGCUUGAACCUGAGUAACAACCGAAUUCACAAACUGGAUGAGCUUGGUGAAUUGGUUACCAAGGUGCCUAAUCUGAAGACCCUCAACCUUUCCCACAAUGAGCUGAAGUCCGAGCGGGAGCUGGACAGUAUGAAAGGCCUGAAGCUGGUGGAGCUGUGGCUCAACAGGAACCCGCUGUGUGACUUCUUCAAGGAUCAGGCCUCGUACAUCAGUGCUGUGCGACAGAGGUUUCCCCGGCUUCUCAAACUGGAUGGCCACGAUCUCCCCCCACCCAUUGGGUUUGAUGUGGAAACUCCCACCACUAUCCCCACCUGCAAGGGUAGCUGUUUUGGCUCUGAUGAAAUCAAGGCUCUCAUCCUUCGAUUCCUGCAACAGUACUACAGUAUAUACGACUCGGGGGACAGACAGCCGCUCCUUGAUGCUUACCAUGAUGGAGCAUCGCUAUCACUCACAACACCUUACUCCACCCAGAACCCCUCCAGGAGCAGUCUGGGAGAGUAUCAUAAAGACACACGAAACCUGAAGAGGAUUAAAGACUCCACGAUGCGGUUCCGGCUUCUGAAACACACGCGCCUGAACGUGGUGGCUUUCCUCAACGAGCUUCCCAAAACUCAGCACGACAUCGCCUCCUUUAAUGUUGACGUAAACACAUAUACGAACACACUACUAUCAUUCACAGUCAGUGGAGUCUUCAAAGAAGUUGUUGUUGAUGGUAAAUCUCGAGAGUCGACCAUGGCCUUCUCUCGGGUUUUCAUCACGGUCCCAGCAGGUGGUUCAGGUUUGUGCAUCGUGAACGACCAGCUUUUCAUUCGGAUGGCAACAACUGAGGAGAUUCGCCGAGCCUUUGUUGCCCCUGCUCCAACUCCAUCCUCCAGUCCCGUCCCCACUCUCACGGCACAGCAGCAGGAAAUGCUCACAGCUUUCUCAGUGAAAUCUGGCAUGAACCUGGAGUGGUCCCAAAAGUGUCUGCAAGACAAUGAGUGGGAUUUUAACACAGCGGCAGGAGUUUUCACCCAGUUAAAGACGGAAGGCAAGAUCCCUGACGUGGCAUUCAUCAAAUGAAGAGUUGAAUCAUAAUUAUCUGAAAUAAAAUCUGAAGUUAUUUUAUUUAAGGCUUUCGUUUUAUCUUUUAUCCGUUGCCUUUCAUUUUAUUGAGAAUGAUGUAGAUUAAGUUAACUCACGUAAACUGUUUUAUCAGCCAAAUGUCAACAGUUUGGCUUAAGACUAAUGUUAAGAUACAGCUUUCGGUUGUUAACUCAAGUUUGUUGGUCAUUUGUAUAGAUAUCACUCUUUUGUAUAGAUAUCACUUCAUGUUUUCAUAGGAAUAAAGACAAGGCCUGCGGUUUCA